CCAGGAAACAGCUGAAGGUGGGGCGAAUCGGGAGUUUCGCUGUGAAUAUUCAAAGCCAGCAGCCGUCCGUGACUCUCUUAAUGUGCUCGUUUCGGGUAGUUUACGAUUUUUGUAUCCAUCAGCCUCUCCAUGCAAAUAAGCAGCCGGAGCGCGCGUGCUGAUGUUGUGUGACUGUUGCAGCGCGCGCUUCGGUGUGUUACAUGAUUGUAGGUGCUGAAAUCAAACCUGCUGCGUAAAUCUACACCGAGAGACACACUGUAUUGUAUCAUAUGGAGGAAACCAGAGCAGCUUUGCCAGGGAAAGGUAUCCAGUAUCAGUCGUAGCCACGUCCUAAACCCGCGUUUGACGGAUCCAUUGAAGACCACCCUGAGCAAAGGCAGCUUCUGUAGUCUUGUAUGAAUGUGAGAGGAUGCAUAAGACUGUCGAAGGGUCUAGCGUGCACUGACCCGAGACGCCGGUCAACAGCAGGUAUCCUUGAGGACAGAACAGGAGGGAGAUGGAAGCGGUCGAUCAUACACACUAUGGGUGUGGUGGAUUUCUACGUAGAGAAUAAACCCUUGUGCUUGCGUUCAGCCUCUCAGUCCUGUCCCGCUGUGUUCUGCCAAUCAAGCAUGGGGCACAUUGUGGAUUUCCCUUUGCGAAGGAUGUGGCUCUUCGGUGCUCUGCUGGUUCUGUCCCAGUUCACGAGCAGUCUGGGCAUCCUCAUGGAUUCGGUGGGCAGUCACAGCAUGUUCACCUGCGAGUCGAUCGGCCUCCGAAUGUGCCAGGAUCUUCCCUACAACACCACCUUCAUGCCCAACCUCCUCAACCACUACGACCAGCAGACGGCCGCUCUGGCGAUGGAGCCCUUCCACCCCAUGGUGAACCUGCAGUGCUCUCCAGACCUCCGGCCGUUCCUGUGUGCCCUGUAUGCACCCGUGUGUAUGGAGUACGGACGCGUGUCUCUGCCGUGCCGGAGCCUGUGCACACAUGCUAAGAGAGACUGCCAGAAGCUCAUGGACAUGUUUGGAGUCACCUGGCCGGAGGAGACGGAGUGCAGCAGGUUCCCAGACUGUGAUGAGUCUUACCCUCGUGAUGUAGAUCUGCUCGUGAACGAGGACCCCACUAAACAGUCGUCCACGUCUGUUCAGCGUGACUAUGGUUUCUGGUGUCCUCGCGAGCUCAAAGUGGAGCCUGAGCUCGGCUACAUGUUUCUUGGUGUGCGCGACUGCUCCCCUCCCUGUCCCAACAUGUACUUGGGGCGCGAGGAUCUCACCCUCGCCCGCUACUUCAUUGGCGUUGUCUCCAUCGUCUGCCUCUCCGCCACGCUCUUCACCUUCCUCACCUUCCUCCUCGACGUCACGCGCUUCCGCUACCCGGAGCGGCCCAUCAUCUUCUACGCCGUCUGCUACAUGAUGGUGUCGCUGGUGUUUUUCUUGGGCUUUCUGCUGGAGGAUCGUGUAGCGUGUAACGCGGCCAAUCCCAGCCACUACAAAACGUCCACGGUGACUCAAGGCUCGCAUAACAAGGCCUGCACGCUGCUUUUUAUGGUGCUGUACUUCUUUACCAUGGCGGGAAGUGUUUGGUGGGUCGUCCUUACCAUCACCUGGUUCUUAGCUGCUGUUCCCAAAUGGGGCAGCGAAGCCAUCGAGAAGAAGGCUUUGCUGUUCCACGCCAGCGCGUGGGGGAUACCUGGCAUGCUAACCAUAACCCUGCUGGCUCUGAAUAAGAUCGAGGGUGAUAACAUCAGCGGCGUGUGUUUCGUGGGCCUGUAUGACGUUCACACUCUCCGCUGGUUCGUGCUGGCGCCGCUGUGUCUGGACGUCCUGGUGGGAGUGUCGCUGCUGCUGGCCGGGAUCGUAGCGCUCAACAGGGUCCGUAUGGAGAUUCCUCUGGAGAAGGAGAAUCAGGACAAGCUGGUGAAGUUCAUGAUCCGGAUCGGCGUGUUCUCGGUGCUGUAUCUGGUGCCGCUGCUGACCGUGGUGGGCUGUUACCUGUACGAACAGACGUACCGCUCCGCCUGGGAGACCAGAUGGGUGAAGGAGCGCUGCAAAAACUACCACAUACCCUGCCCUUUCCAGAAGGAGGUGACCAGCGGGCCUCCCCUCGUCCUGUUCAUCAUGAAUUACCUGAUGGUGCUGGUGGUGGGGAUCCCGUCGGUGUGUUCGGGUGGCAGUAGAAGAACCUGCUGCGAGUGGGCCAGAUUCUUCCACGGCCGCAUAAUUGACAGAUGUGACGGCGCGGUGAACGAGAGCCGGCAGGUUCUGCAGGAGCCAGACUUUGCUCAGUCUCUGCUGCGAGACCCGAACACUCCCAUCAUCCGGAAGUCCCGCGGGACGUCCACUCAGGGCACGUCCACCCACGCCUCCUCCACACACCUGGCCAUGCUGGACGACGUGCGGAGCAAAGCCAGCAGCGUCCACAGCAAGAUGAGCAGCUAUCACGGCAGCCUGCAUCGCUCCAGAGACGACAGGUUCACCCCCUCCAGCCACAGAGGCAUGGAGGAACGCCCAGCGUACGGGAGCAUGCCGCGACUCAACGAGCAGCUGUCCCAUCACAGCAGCCUUCACCGCCUCGACAGCCAGUCCAGACACGGCAGCACCCGAGACCUGAGCGACGCGCCGGCGGCUAACAUCACGCACGGAUCCAGUAUGAACUGCGUGGUGGAGGACGACGGGACAAGUGCGUAACCCAGAGACUAGCCUCCUCAUACUGAAACCAGUCCCUGUCCUGUAGCUGCUGAUGGACAGACAUGCGUUUUUGGCAGUGGCAGGGGAAUCAGAAACUCGAUGCAUGUGUGUUGACAGAGCCGUCCUCAGGAUUUGUCCCAUUAGUGGCACACCUGAGUAAUAAGAGAUGCUUUCUUUGAUUCGGUGAAGUUCUGCCGGAUUAAGUUUACUGCAUGCAUUAAAGCAGCAUCAGGACGGGCCGCAGCUGUCCGAUGGGAGAUUUUCCCCAUUACAUCCAUCACAAAACCCAGUUUAAAGAGUUAAUGGAUCACCGACGCUUGAAGACUGAUGACUGUCCCAUUAGAGAUCAGAUUUCAAACCCUCUAAAGCUAAAGGAUGGUUCAAAGAGAGGGAGGAUCAGCGGUUCUGUGCCUCUGGCAAGCUGUAUUUCGUUUCUGGUGGUAGUUUGGUUGAGAAGGCAUGAAUAAAGGACGUACCAGAAUCCUCACCAACACCUGAUGUGCUUUUGUUCGGCUGCUAGAUGGCUGCCUACCUCAUCACAUCGGAUCGCUCUGACCUGCAUUUCCGUCCCACACUCGUGUCACAUCACACAAUUAAAAUGGGUUGCAAAUGUUGACUUUCAGAACAUCUUACACGUCGAUGCUUUUCCGCCCAUGUGUACAGGAGUCUUAUGCUUUGUAAACGGUGCUUCUUAUGUUGCUUCAUGAAUAUUUCAGCAGGCCAUUUCUACAUGCGCUCUACUCCGGCCAGAGCUUGUGCACAAAACGCCUAGCAUGCUGAAUUUUCAUCAUGAAUCGUGCUCUGUUUUACGACUGGCUUUAAGAGUGACGUUGAGUGUAUUUGUUUACGUGUUGGAUGAGAUUGGUACUCAGUGCCUAAACAUGUGACUUUGGACCUGGGCUUUGUAAAAACUGUUUUUCUGAUCGCUAUUACUGCUUCUGCUGUACCUUUGCCUUCGGUUUCCCAAGUACACUUGAUUUUCAUGCUCGAUUCUUCUGUCCACUUUACUAGUGAGCAACAAUAUAGCACUUUAACCGUGGCUAUCUGUUGAAUGUGUAGACAUUAAAUCCAGUCAUAGCAUCAUGCAAGAUUUCAAAUAAAGCUUUUGUAAAAAGUGUUUUAUAGUUCCCAAUUUUAUUGAAAUAGUCCUUUCCAUGUGAAAAGUGGUGUUCAAACCAAUACAAAUAACAGUAUUCCACCUUAAACACACUUGUGCAAAAAAAAAAAAAGAAAUAAGAAAAAGGUCUAUAUUGCAGUAUGGGGGUAAUUCAUGUUCACGUCCCAACCAUUCACGCCACACAGGUCAAUAAAAUACAAUAAAAAUACAACAAAACAAUCCAGCCGUACAGUCCUUAAAACAAGUGAUUACACCUAUGACAUGCAAAUCUGUACAGUCUUACAAAAAUUAAAAUCGAGAAGAUAUCAUAUGAUAUGAAGUAGCAAUUCACCAACAAGGCAAUCAAAAUCCACAUGUGAAAUGCAAGUGUGAAUGUGUCUUAGCAACAAUCUCCAGUCGUCAUCUCUCAUUCUACCUACACUGACCAGUUUACACUGAUCUGAGAAAACGAAGGCACCUCCCGCUCUAAUAUUGUCUAUUCAUUACUAAGUAACAGUUGUAAAGAUCAAACGACCGAAAGAUCUGGACGUCUGUCAUUUCUACCAUCUCCAUUCCUCCACGCAAACAUAUAAUCAUUGGUUCUGACAUACCUGAGAACAUUUCAAACAGGUUUCCUGUUCAUGUUAAUACCAUAACCCUGGCAAAUUGUUUCUAACCCGUUACAGCCUUAUUAGAAAAAAAACUGUAUUAUGAAUAUUAAUUUUUGUUUGGAAAUAACCAUGAUCAUGAAAUAGAGCAAAUGCAUAACUAAGGUCCCGAGUGAUAACUGAGCUCUUGAUUUUAAAACAAUGUGCCGAGUUCGCUCCACAGUGAAGCUUUCAAUAGUGCUUGCGUAUAAUGAAACACUUUAAAUGCUGGCAAUACUAGAAUGAAUAAAACCACAAACUUUCAUUAAUUCUGUACUUAGGUGUGCUUCAAUACUGAAAGGUUGUUCAUUUUUUCAGCAUACUUUAAAC